AUGGGUAAAGCCAUGGAGGAUGAUCAGGCGCUGUGUGUCGGCUGCGAGCAGCCCUUGGUUGAGGAAGAUGGGGCCAACGCAGAGAAGGAUAAGCAGAAGAAAGCCGUGAAGGUGCGCGGGCUGUGCCAGAAAUGCGCGCUCAAGCACCGGGCGCUCUGCGCAAAGAGCGGGGACCAGGAAGUUCUUCAGUGGUUCAACACCUUGAAGGAUUCCGACGGCCCUGAGUACCGGAAGGUUCUCGCUGCAGCUGAGCCCCAUCCGGGGCAGCGCUACUCGAAGUUCAACCUGACCUCGUACCGGGAGGAGAAAACUCAGAAGAAACAGAGAGGAGAGCGUGAGGAAGAGGAGGCGAUGUCCUGGACCAGGUACCUUGCGUUCCACACAGAGGACCUGGCCUUGCCAGACCGCAUGUCCGCAUCCGAGGCGCGGGCGGCGUGGUUGAGGGACCCCAAGGAGAGGAUACCAGUGUUCGUCCGGAAGCUGAACCGGUGGGAAGAGCGGGACCACGUCUGGGUGGCGACGAAGGGGCGCAAGCGCUGGAAGGCCAAGCUGGACGAAGACUCUCGGACCGCCUGUCGCGCCCACCAAUCCCAGACUGGCUCUGAGCAGGCUGCUGCCUCGGUGCUGGGUAGACUGGGGAACUUCGUCACCUUCGGAGAUGACAAUGACGACUUCUUCAAGUCUUGGCUGGCCGGCUUUGGGGCUGAUGACAGCCAGUUCGUUGCUGCGGGCCAUCAGGAAGCCAAGCUGGUCGACGUGAACUUCCUCCGCACGCAAGCGCUCUCCAAGCUGGUAAGCCAGGUGAAGUUUGUCACAGCCGCCCACUUGGACGCUGAGGAGCUUCACGACACCUUCAAGCAGCUGAGCGGCAAGGGGGUUGACGAGAGCCGGAUCCUCUCCGACCAGACGCUGGGCUUGGACGACAUGGCCGGGACGGUGAAGUGCAUGUAUGCCCUUGACCGGCGCUUGCGGGCGGUGCAGAUCCUGAAGAUGACAGAGCCCGAAUCGGUGGAGCAGAUGUCGGAGAAGUUUGCAGAGCUGUGCAACGAGGACGGCUACUUGCAAGAGAACGCCUCCAAGGCGGCCACUGUCGCCUUCUUGCAGAAGACCGACCACUUUGACGAUUGCAUGGUGAAGGACCAGGUGGAUGGGCGUCUCAAGGAGAUUCUUGAAAAGGCCACAGCGGCCAAGACGGUGGCACAAUCCUUGCGGAGGGCAAUCAAAGACAUUCAGAACAUGACGAAGGCGCUGCAGAAGGCGCGCGCAGCUUUCGAGGCUAAGCGAAAGGAGCUCGAGAACAGUUCGGCUAACGGCACGCUGACUCUUGCAGCGAACUGGAACGGGCGCACCAACUUCGCCAAGUGCAUUUCCGACUCGGACCCCUUGGUCCUCCGUUGCUUCAAAGGACUGGCUGGGCUUCGCCCUAUGAAGGUCAUCACGGCGAAGUCCCCGGCGCUGGAAGAGGGAGCACUUUCCUUCAACCAGGCAUUGAUCAUCAGGAAGGGCCGCCACAGCUUUCAGACCAUCACGAAGGACUUCAAAGAAGAGAUGGAGGCCUCUGUCAAUGAGUUCAAGGAGAGGGCUCGCAUCUCGAACGAUGACGCCAAUGCGGCGAUGCGGGACCGCUUCCACACCGUGAUGCCCCUGCCCUGGCAAGAGAAUGCCACGGAUCACAAUGAGCUUGGUAGCCAGGUGCUGGCCAAGGGCCAGCUUGAGACGCAGCAGAUGAUGCAGGGCCGCAGGGACUUCGAUGCCGUUUGGCUUGUCGGCCAGAAGGACAAGGCGGUGCACGCCGGGCUGGAGGCAUCCGGCGUGGGCAACAUUCGCCUGUGCGCAGCUCGCCUUAUUCCAGUGUAUGGAGGCCUUCUGGUGGUCACGGCUGAUCUGGCGGAGUGCGCGGCUUACUUCGGGACUCAGAGCAUUCCAGACAUCAAGGAGGCGCUUCUCGCUACAGAGCUGCACUCAGUUCCGGACGGCCUUUCGCUGCCCAGCCUCAGCGCUGGGUAUGUGAAGACCGGGGACUUCCUCGCCAUGCCCAUGGGCACCGUCGUCGUCUCGAAGAGCAUCAACGGCGACCACGUCGGGUUGAGGAUGCAGGCGACGGUGUUCCCGGAGAACGCUCUCAGAGCCUUCCGUGCGAUGGUUGCCGAGCAGGUGGUCUCCAAGCCGAUGAUGCUCUACGCUAUGGAGGCGGCGCCCGAGGUUGCGAAAGCUGCCUUGGAGGACGCCGAGCAAGCUGUGGGCGAGGACGGGACCUCGGACGUCGACCCCUUCGAAGCCGAGCUGAGCGAGAUGCUGGAUUCCCAGAAGACCCCGGGCGUGCUGGAGCCACCAGCCGAGACAGUGCCGGCGGAAGACGCAGGGUCCGCUGACCAGCCUGGACAAAAGCCCACGCAGCCACAGCGUGCGCCAGCUCUGCAGCAGCCAGUCGACAAGCCUGUGCCAGCUGACAGUGCAGGGUCCGGUGACCAGUCUGGGCAAACGCCCCUGCAGCCUCCAGCCGAGAUGCCCGCAGGGUCCGGUGAACAGUCUGGGCAAGCGCCCCUGCAGCCUCCAGCCGAGAUGCCCGCAGGGUCCGGUGAACAGUCUGGGCAAGCGCCCCUGCAGCCUCCAGCCGAGAUGCCCAUGCAGGUUGACGCAGGGUCCGGUGAACAGUCUGGGCAAACGCCCCUGCAGCCGCCAGCCGAGAUGCCCAUGCAGGUUGACGCAGGAACGCCCCUGCAGCCUCCAGCCGAGAUGCCCAUGCAGGUUGACGCAGGAACGCCCCUGCCAGCCGAGAUGCCCAUGCAGGUUGACGCAGGAACGCCCCUGCAGCCUCCAGCCGAGAUGCCCAUGCAGGUUGACGCCGUGUCCGGUGACCAGUCUGGGCAACCGCCCCUGCAGCCUGCGCCAGAACCCGCAGUUGAGACGCCCAUGCAGGUUGACGCAGGGUCUGGUGACCAGCAGACGUUUGGAGGGUCCAGUGACCAGCCUGAGCCACAGCCCUUGCAGGCUGCACCCACACGUGUCGAAGGGCCCGUGAGCUCUGGCAAUUCCUGGGAGCCAGCAGCUGUGCAGACACUGGCUGUUCAAGAGCAGCAAGACUUGCAGCAGCAUCUGGCGGUGGAGGUCGGGACCAACGUGCCUACUGUGGAGCCCCCCCUACCGAAGGCACCGGCACCGGUGCCGAUUGAGGCAGUCGCAGCUGAUGUCGCAGCGACGCACGCAGCACGGCCGGCCCCAGCCCCAAAGGCAAAGUCGGCCGUGCGAAAACGGGCGGCGCAGCAGAAGGUUGCGGAGGGUCAGCAAAGCCUGUCGGCCCUUUUCCAGCAGGACUGUGAAGUUGAAAACAUGUGA